UUGCGAUCUCCGGCAUCUCCCCGCCACUUUCUGUCACCACCGUGACCCGGUAGCAAAACUCCCCUGGCCGGCCGGAAGCUUUGGAUCCCGAGGACGCUCAGCUCUAUGAGGCAACAGCUCGGCAGAGAUCCUGCGUCCCAUCACGAUGAAGACUCUGUUCAACCUCGGCCUCUUCCUGGCUGCUCUCCUGGGUAAAGGCUCCUGCCUAAUCUGUGAGACCUGCAUCAGCCCCGGUGAAGGCUGCACUGGCCUGGCUCAUCCCUGCAGAAUGAAUGAAGACACCUGCCUAACCAUCGUGGGAAUGAACUCUUUGGGUGGUGAUGAUACCACAGAGACCCUCAAGACCUGCAUUGCUGCUGAAGAUUGCUAUUCUGGUUCCAUCAGUGUCACCACCAAUGCCGGGCUCCACCUUCAGAGCAUCUCUAGCUGCUGCCAGGAUGACCUCUGCAACCGUUGGGAACUGACCUUGCCGCCUACGAACCUCACCUCCAACGGACUGCAGUGUCCAGCUUGUUCCGUCUUUGGUUCCAACCACUGCAAGGGGACUGAGAUGCUGAAUUGCACUGGAACAGACAAUCGCUGCAUCAUGGUAUCUGGGACGCUGAAUGCUGGUGGUCUUCCCUCUACGUUCACAGCAAGAGGAUGCAGCACAGAGACGGCCUGCUCAUUGCCCCUGGGGACGGCCCUUUACUCAGCAGGAGUGAUCUUCAACCUUGACAAGGUGUCAUGCAGCCCGGCCCCCAAAGCCACAGAAAGCCACUAAGGGGGAAGAAGGUGGUUCAGGAACAACAAGCCCUGUGAAAUGCCCAAGGUGGCAUCCAAGCCAUUCAUCUCAAGCCCUCUUAGGCCAAUUUAAGAGUCACUGCUUCCCCCAGGGAAUCCUGGGAACUGUCAUUUGUUGAGGAUCUCCUAACAUCUCCCAGCACCCUUAACAGCUCCCAGGAUUCUUUGAGGCAAGCCAUGACUCUUUUU